UCUCGUUUCUAAUUUAAAUCGCGAGGGAAUUGAAAACAAAAAGAGCAAAAGCAAAAGCAAAAGUUUUCUCGUUUCUCAGAUCAUCAAAUUCGAAACCCUAAAUUUUCUUUUGGUUUAUUUUUGAUAUCACAUAUAUUUUUUUUCUCGUUCGCAAUGGGGAUAUGGGAUGCUUUUCUCAAUUGGCUACGAAGAUGAUUGUGGUGUCUGCAAUUGGCUUGGCCUGGCCAAGCGGCUGUUGCUUGGAUCAGGUCCUACAUGGGAAGUGUCUCUUUUUCAAGCAAGAAAUGGAGCUGUCUUUGAUAGGCCUUCAGAAUGCUGGAAAAACAUCACUUGUAAAUGUUAUUGCAACUGGUGGAUAUAGUGAAGACAUGAUCCCAACGGUAGGAUUUAAUAUGAAGAAGGUAACGAAAGGAAAUGUCACAAUAAAGUUGUGGGAUCUUGGAGGUCAACCGAGGUUUCGCAGCAUGUGGGAGAGAUACUGCCGUGCAGUUUCUGCUAUCGUAUAUGUUGUGGAUGCUGCUGAUUACGAUAAUGUGCCUGUAUCAAGAAGUGAACUUCAUGACCUGUUGAGUAAGCCAUCACUUAAUGGCAUUCCUUUGCUGGUACUUGGUAACAAGAUUGACAAACAAGGAGCUUUGUCUAAAGAGGGUCUGACAGAGCAAUUGGGGCUGAAGGACAUUACUGAUAGAGAAGUUUGUUGCUUUAUGAUUUCAUGCAAGAAUUCUUCCAACAUUGAUUCAGUCAUUGAUUGGCUUGUAAAGCAUUCAAAAUCAAUGAAUUGAUUCUCAGCUCCUGUACAUUUCAAUCUGUCAUUCAUGAAUACUGGAGACUGGAUGAAGCAAAUGGAAGUCACUUCUGCUGUUUUGUCUAACUGGGGUUAUUGAUCAGUCUGAUUAUCAUCUUUUUCUACUUGGCUUCAGUUACAUUAUUUAUUGUGUUGGUUAACAUCUUGGGUUUUGCUGCAGAGUUGUCUUGAUGUUGGAACACGGUGAUUUUUAUUUCUUGUAUAUAUUUUGAUUGGUGUGUAUUUUAAUGUAAACAUGGAAUUUUUUUUGUGCGCUUUUGAAUGGAAUAGUGGCUUAAUGUUUUCAGCUCUGGA